GCGGCCUCUCGCGUCGAAGUGUCGUGCGAAUUAUUCCGUAAAUUUUUAAAAUGGCGUCAGUUUCAGACGUUUAUUUGAAGGUUUGACGGGAAUUUCAAGUGAAUCUGUGUGAUUUCGAGUGAUAUUUGUGCGAAUUUUUUAAUUAAAAGACUCUACUCCGGUUAGAUCUCUGGCUGGCCAGACUGAUAUGAAGCACUAUUGAUGAUGCGCGCCCUGACCUCCUCCGAGCCGAAAUCUACAUUUCCUACCUACCAAGUGCCUCUAGAACAAGAGUCAGCCAUGAGGGGCGCGGCUAGUAGUAGUAGGGCGAUGAAGGCGGCGGCGGCGGCUAUGAUCGAAACACUGCCACCACCACCACCACCCCCACCGGAUCAACUGACGGCGUCGACGGAAAUCAACAGCGUGUCUGCAAAAAUAAACCCACCCCCCACCACCUACCCCGUAGUACAAUUAAUAUUAGCGGGCGGCGGCGCUAGAGGCGGUCGGAAGGGUCGAGCCGACCUGCCGGCCUGCGAGCGCCCAGCCGCCAAACACGCCGACGCGACCGCCCCCGCAAACGGCGGCGGCCGCGCCGGCGCCCAGUCUGUGAUACCGAACGGCUCAAGUUGCGGCGGCGGCGCCCCGGAGGCGGGCGGCGGCGGCGGCAACUCUAACUGUAAGAUUAUGCAAUCUGUGACCGAAAUUUGUCUUCUGAACUACUCUACUGUUACCGUACCAAAUAGACAACGUAAUGACCGACUCGAGUCGGUCGCCCACAAUAAUAGCGAUAAGUUAGAUAGUAAGUUUGGUGCUUUAUCCCUCGGACGAGACAUUCCCAACCAAAAGUCUGAUGACCUACUCGAAGAAAACAAAAACAAACAAAAAAAUAAUGACUUGUGUAAUAAUAAUAAUAAAGAUGAUGACGACGACGACGACGAUAACCUCAACAAAACUACCAUUGCCAACAACAACAACAGCAACACCACACCAAAAAAUAUCACGACUAUCGAAGACGAGGACGCGCGAGCGGCAACACCGCUUCGCCUGAGAGGCGGCGGCGAAAGUUCGCUGAGCACCGGCACCUCAAAUUGGGGCAGCCCGCCCAACCAGCAGGCCAGCAACAACAACGCCGGAGGCAGCGGAGGCUGGGGGAGCGCGAAUCCCGCCAAUCAGAACGCCGCCGGCGCGCAGCAAUGGAACAACAAUGCUAAUCGACCACCGACUUCGAAUCAGGGCCCUUCUGCGCAGGACGCGAACAAAGUGAACGCGAACGGGCAGCAGCCGCCGGCCGCGCAGUCUAACAGCGGAGGCGGCAGCCAGUCGGGCGGCUGGUGCCCGCCGGGCGGCGGCAAGCCUCCGGUGGGCGGCGGCGCUCCCGCCAACGGCCCCGGGCCGGUCGGAGUGGCGACGGCGGGCGGCGCGGUGCCGCCCGUGGGCGGGGCGCCGGGCGCCGUCAACAACAACGUGGGCGCCGGCCUCGCCCCGACCGCCACCACCACCAAGCAGCAGCUCGAGCAGCUGAACAACAUGCGCGAGGCCAUUUUCAGUCAGGACGGAUGGGGCGGCCAACACGUCAACCAAGACACGAACUGGGACAUCCCGGGAAGCCCCGAGCCGCCGAUGAAGAUGGACGGCACGGGCCCGUCGCCGUGGAAGCCGACCGUCAACAACGGCACCGAGCUGUGGGAGGCGAACCUGCGCAACGGCGGCCAGCCGCCGCCGCAGCCGCAGCAGAAGACGCCGUGGGGCCACACGCCCUCGACCAACAUCGGCGGCACUUGGGGCGAGGACGACGACGCCGACAGCUCGAACGUGUGGACCGGCGUGCCGUCGGGCCAGCAGCAGCAGCAGUGGGGCGGCGGCGGCAACGCCAACAACGGCGCCAUGUGGGGCGGCGGCAACAACGUGCCGAAGAAGGACGCAGGCGGCAACGGUGGCGGCGGAGCGGGCGACUGGUCCGGCGGCGUGGGCGGCAGCAACGCCGUCAACCAAUCGGGCGGCGGCUGGGGCGACCCGCGCGGCGGCGGCGGCGUGGGCCCGGACCCGCGCGGUCCCGGCGUCGCGGACAUGCGCGGCGCCGUUCCCGGCGGCGCGUCGGACGGUCCCGGCGACGGUCCGAUGCGCGGGGGCGGCGGUCCCGGGGGCGGCCCGGUCGAGGCGGCGCAGCAGAUGCGCAUGAUGGAUCCGAUGCGGGAGCAGAUGCGGCAGCUCGCCGCCGGCGGCGACAUGCGAGGAGACCCGAGAGGUAUCACCGGGCGCAUAAACGCCGGAGGCGCCGAGGCCUUUUGGGGACAGUCCGGGGGACACCCGGGCGCCCCGCACCAAAUGCACCACCAAAACAAAAUGCCGGUCGUGGGCCCCGGAGGCAACGGAUCGGGAGGAUGGGAGGAGCCGUCUCCCCCCACUCAAAGGAGGAACAUGCCCAACUACGACGACGGCACGUCCCUGUGGGGGAAUCCCCAGCAAGGAGCAGGUUCUCACUGGAAAGAUAUGCCAACAGGCGCGGGCGGCAUGGUCAGGGGCGGCAACGGCUCCGGCGGCGGCGGGCCUCCGGGCAUGGCGCAGUCGCGCGGCAACGGCGGCGGCGGCAACAUCAAGCCCGACGGCGUGCCGGUGUGGGGCGGCGGCCACGGAGGCGGCGGCGGCAACGGCCGCAACGGCGGCUCGUGGGACGAGGUGGGGCCGGGCGCGUGCCGCGGCGGCGGCAACUGGGACGACGGCCCGUGGCCGAAGCAGAAGAUGGGGCCGCCGCUGUGGGACAGCGAUCCCGAUUGGGGACACAACAAGGGCCCCAAGCCGCAGCUCAGCAAGGACAUGAUCUGGCAGUCCAAGCAGUUCAGGAUGCUGGCCGAGGCUGGAUACAAGAAAGAGGAGGUCGAGAACGCGCUGCGCAUGCGCGACAUGAACGUCGAGGAGGCCUUGGAACUUCUCUCUUCGCCGAUGAGAGGCGGCGACGGCUGGCGCAGCCGCCACGACGAUCACUACGAUCACCUGGGCAACCAGUUCGGCGGCGGCGGCAACCAGCGCUUCCCCGGCGGCCCGGGCGGCGGCCAGAUGGGCUUCCCGCCCUCGAACGCCGGCCCGAACCUGCUGAACAGCAUGAACGGCUCCUCGAACGCCAACAACCUCAUCAACAGCAUGUCCCCUGCCGGCGUGCAGAAGCUGCUCAAUCAGGGCGGCGGCGGCGGCGGCUCUCAAGGUUUCGGCGGCUCGUCGGCCGCCUCCGGCAGGAGCAUGCAACCCCAAGCGCAGCCCAGCACGCAGCAGCUGCGCAUGCUCGUGCAGCAGAUCCAGAUGGCCGUGCAAGCCGGAUAUCUCAAUCACCAGAUCCUCAAUCAGCCUUUGGCCCCGCAAACCUUGCUGCUGCUCAACCAGCUCCUGCAGCAGAUAAAAACCCUGCAGCAGCUAGCUCAGCAGCACACCUUGGCCCAAAACCAAGUCAUGAACGGCAGCAAACCGACCAACAACAAUUACCUGCAGUGCUCGGUUUUGAUCACCAAAACCAAGCAGCAAAUCACAAACCUACAGAACCAAAUAGCCGCACAGCAAGCCAUGUACGUGAAGCAGCAGCAUCAGCCAAUAGGAGGGCCGGACCUUUUCAAGGCCGCCGCUCCGAUGCACGACAGCCUUAACGCGAUGCAGUCGAACUUUGCCGAUAUUUCGCUUAAAGAGGCCCAUCUGUGGGGAGGCGGCGGUCGCGACGACCGCUCCAUGUCCCUGACCGGCGGCGACGACUUCCUGCAGAACCAGCAGCAGCAGCAGCAGCAGUCGCGACUCAACCAGUGGAUAAACAAGGACAAGGAGGACGGCAACGAGUUCAGCCGCGCGCCGGGCUCCUCCUCCAAGCCCUUGGCCACGUCGCCCAACAUGAACCCCCUGCUGCCAAACUCCGACGGACCCUGGUCCAGCGGAAGGUCCGGCGACACCGGAUGGCCUGACUCUGGCGGCGAUUCUUCGAACGACGUGAAAGACGCACAAUGGUCGACGCCCGCGCAACCCUCACUGACUGACUUAGUACCUGAAUUCGAACCUGGAAAGCCCUGGAAGGGCAACCAGAUAAAGUCGAUCGAAGACGAUCCCAGUAUUACGCCCGGCUCGGUGGUGCGCUCGCCGCUCUCGAUGACCACGAUCAAGGAUUCGGAGAUGUUCGGCAUGAACCCGAGCAAGUCCCCGCCCGCCGACAGCAUCCAGGGCUCGUUGGCCUUGGGCUCGUCCACUUGGAGCUACAUCAACCCGUCGCCUUCCACCAGCAGCGCCUUUACAAGUCCGCAGAGCAAGUUGGCGGGCGUGAAGGGCGGCCUGGGCGACCUGAACCCCUCCACCACGGUGGCCAGCGAGCUGUGGGGCGCGCCGCCCAAAUCGCGCGGCCCCCCUCCCGGCCUCAGCGCCAAGAACAGCUGCCUGUCGAACGGCUGGUCGACGGGCGGCGGCGGCGGCGGCGCCAUGCAGUACGGCGGCGGCCCGCGCUCCUCGGGAAGCUGGGGCGGCGGCGGCGGCUCCUCGCCGUGGCUGCUGCUCAAAAAUUUGACCGCCCAGAUUGACGGUUCUACUUUAAGAACACUCUGUAUGCAGCAUGGGCCUCUGCAGAAUUUCCACUUGUACCUGCACCAAGGCUUUGCCCUUGCCAAAUAUUCCACGCGCGAAGAGGCCACAAAAGCCCAAACGGCGCUGAACAACUGCGUGCUGGGCAACACGACCAUCCACGCGGAAAAACCCGUCCGACUGGGACGCGAACGCCCUGCUGCAGCAGGUGGCGUCCGCCCAGGGCGGCGGCGCCUCCCAGGGCGGCGGCUGGCGCGGCGCGCAGGGCGUCGGCGGCGGGCAACAACAACCACUCGGCCGUCGCCAAGAGCGGCGUGGACACGUGGAGCGCCGGCGUGGGCGGCGGCUGGCCGAGCAACGCCGGCGCCGGCAGCAUGUGGGCGGCCGCCCCGGUCGAGCCCGACCAGCAGCGCGCCACCCCCAGCAGCCUGCAGUCCUUCCUGCCCAACGACCUGCUCGGCGGCGAGUCCAUGUAAGCGUAACACCGCCCCCGACACACACACACACACGCACGCUCGCGCAAGCUCGAUUCGAACGAAGUAUUCCGGAGACAUUUUAGCAAGUUUUAAACGUUUUUUUUAUAACAUUAAUAAGUCAAACAUUGUCCACAUUUCCGCAACAUAUUAAUUAUUUAUUAUUAUUAUUAUUAUUAUUGAUUUUUAUACAUAUAAUAUUGUAUUUUAAUUUUAUUGGUGAUUUUGAUAGUUUUUGUUUUUUAUAUAUAAGGCGAAUCCACGUUUAAGUUUGUUUCAUUGAAAUUUUUUCGAAGCGAUCGGGCGCCCAAUUGUGAUUUUUUUUUUAUAUUUUAGUUGUUGCCAUUUAUUAAUUAAAUUGGGCGCCCGCUUUGCACUGACUAAAAACCUGUUGCAUUUCUCCAGCGGAAAUCUCAAUUUUAAACAUUUUAUGUCAAAUUUAACAGUUUCAACGUCAAACUGAUUUUUCAACUUAAACUGUCAAAUUAAUUGAUUUUAAGGUUGUUCAUGUAAAUUUAACCUUUUAAGGUCAUUUAUGUCAAAUUUAACAGUUUCAACGUUAAACUGUAAAUUAAUAUUUUUUAUUUUAAACAUUUUGAAAUUUUGCAACUUUUGUUUACAAAAAUUGACUUUUCAAGGUCAUUUAUGUCAAAUUUAACAGUUUUAACGUAAAACUUUAAAGUUAUAUUUUUUAUUAAACAUUUUUGAAAUUUUCCAACUUUAACUGUCAAAUUAAUUGAUUUUCGCGUAAAUUUUACCUUUCAAGGUCAUUUAUGAUGUCAAAUUUAACAGUUUCAACGUCAAACUAAUGUAAUAAUUUUUGUUUAAAACAUUUUUGAGAUUUUCCAACUUUAACUGUCAAAUUAAUUGAUUUUAUGGUUACUCACGUAAAUUUAACCUUUCAAGGUCAUUUAUGUCAAAUUUAACUGUUUCAACGUCAAACUGUUAUGUAAUCAUUUUUUGUUUAAAAUAUUUUUGAAAUUUUCCAACUUAACUGUCAAAUUAAUUGAUUUUAUGGUUUACUGACGUAAAUUUAACCUUUCAAGGUCAUUUAUGUCAAAUUUAACAGUUUCAACGUCAUACAGUAGAGUAAUAUAUUUUUAUUUAAACAUUUUUGAGAUUUUCCAACUUUAACUGUCAAAUUAAUUGAUUUUAUGGUUACUCACGUAAAUUUAACCUUUCUAGGUCAUUUAUGUCAAAUUUAACAGUUUCAACGUCAAAACAGUAUAGUAAUAUUUUUUUAUUUAAACAUUUUUUAGAUUUUCCAACUUUAUCUGUCAAAUUAAUUGAUUUUAUGGUUACUGGCGUAAAUUUAACCUUUCAAGGUCAUUUAUGUCAAAUUUUACAGUUUCAACGUCAAACAGUAAAGUAAUAUAUUUUUAUUUAAACAUUUUUUAGAUUUUCCAACUAAAUGUCAAAUUAAUUGAUUUAAAGGUUACCGACGUAAAUUUAACCUUUCAAGGUCAUUUAUGUCAAAUUUAACAGUUUCAACGUUAAACUGUAAAGUAAUCUUUUUUGUUUUGAAAAUUUUUGAGAUUUUUUUAACCUAAACAGUCAAAUUAUUUGAUUUUAAGGUUGCUCACGGAAAUUUAACUUUUCAAGGUCAUUUAUGUCAAAUUUAACUGUUUAACUGGUCAAAGUAUAAAGUAACAUUUUUUAUUUUAAACAUUUUUCGAGAUUUUUUAACUUGAACUGUCAAAUUAAUUGAUUUUAAGGUUGCUAACCCUUUCAAGGUCAUUUAUGUCAAAUUUAACAGUUUCAACGCCAAACUGUUUGCGUUUCUCCGGCGGAAAUCUCAACUCUAGUCCGACGCACGGAUCGAGACUGCUGCGUACCUUACUACGACAAAAUAAAAAGCGUUUUUUGUGAUUUGAAACACGCACUCACGCAAACCCAAAAAACUAGUCCGAACGAUGAGGUUUGAAUAAAACUAGAUUUGCGACCAAACUCGAUAAAAUAAUUACAUAAUAAUAAUAAUAUCUAGAUAACUAAUAACUAUAUAUUAUUCCUAUUUAUUUUUUAUUCCCAGUGACCGGCAUUCGGUGUACUGACUAAAUAUUAAUUAUUUGAGAACCUGUGAUCUCUAAUUCCUUAUAUCAAAAAAAAGAAGAAAAAUCGAAACGAAAAAAAAUUACAAAGGACGUGACCCAUUACAAAGUAUAAAUGUUUUGUGUGAAAAACAUUACCCACAAUCAGUUACGUAGACUGCACGCGCUAAGUAUUUUUUAACAAAUAAAAAGUAAUAAGUAAUCUUAAAAUAAUAAUAAACAAUAUAUAUCGUUCUAAUUAUUACAAGUCUAUUGAUAAUAUAUUAUAUUAUAUAUUCUACAUGUGUACUACUAUUAUUAAACAUAGCAUAGACAUUUUAUUGUUCUGUGAUUCCCCCCCCCCCAAAAAAACAACACAGCCCCAUCUAGCGGGGGCAAAACGCAAUCUCACCCCCCCUCGGCAGCAAAACCGACCCCCUCAAACAAGACUGCCCCCCCAAAUAAUUCGCAGCAGCCUCCCGUACUUAAGAUUUUAAAUUUGUUGGAAGUUCUGUGAUGAAUAAUUUCGAAAUUUAUCAAACUUGUCGAUUUUUAUCUAGUCCUAAAUAUAUAUUGUUGUACAUGUAUAUUUAUUAAUUAUUUAAGUCCCCAGUGCCCCGCGCGGUCUUUCCCCCCCCCCCUUGUUACAUACUCUAGUGUUGCAUAAGACUGAGUUUAGAGGAAUCUAUUUAAAAAAAAUAUAUAAAAACACACAACAAUUUGCAUUUAUAUUAUUAUUAUAUUACGUUUGAGGGGGUUAUUAAAAUGGGGGUAAAAAUUGACUAAAUAUAAAUAUAAAAAAAUAGAAGUACACGACUGUGCUGUGAAGUUUGUGGCUUUUUAAUUUAAUAAAAAACGAUAAAAAAAACACUAAAAAAAAACGUUUUAGUUGAUUGACGGUGAAAAAAUCGUCAGCAAUAUAACCGACAUUAAUAUCAAUAAAUAUCAGAAUGUUUGGUUGUUUAUUGUUGGUGUUUUUUUCUUAGUACGGUGCAAAAUGGACCUAAGGUGGCCCCCCUGGCGACGGCCGCGCCCCCGCACACACUGCUUUAAUUAAUAAUUAAAAAUAAAUGCUUUACUUCUCGCGGGGGAAAGCGGUUCGGUCCGGGGGGGUUAGAGGGGUCGCUAGUAUUCCCAAGAGUUUCUAAAUCUUUUUGCCAACAUAGCGUAAUGAAUAACUAAAUAAUAUUAAUAAUAAUAAUGUGUGUGGUAGCGUUUAGAUUCUAUUACCGGGCUCUAUAAGCAUAAGUAUAAGACAAUGGUAGUUGAUGAGGGUGUUCAUAUUAAUUAUUAAUAUAUUUAUAAAUAAAUGUCUCGUCUUCAUAAUGUUAUUAGCGACAACAAGAGAUGCCAUAUUGUUUGGUGUUAAAAACUUAGACUAAAUAUUACUUAUAGUAUAACAAAGUACCAAAAUAGAAAAUCGUUUUAUUAUUAUAACUAUUAUUAUUAUUGUUUUAUUUGAUCAGUUGAUAGGGUAUUUUUGGAUUAUUAAUUAAUUAAUUAAUAAUAAUAUUAGCUCGUAAGUUUUAAAAAUGAAAAGAAAAAAAAAACGGAUGGAAGGGGCAGUUGACGGUAACGCAAGACUUCAAACAAAAAAUCGUAUUCUCUUUUUUAAGCAACUGCCAGUCGGUAUUGUGAUUAUUUACUUAUAUAUAUAUAUAAUACUAUAUAUAAUAUAUAAAAUAUUUAUAUAUAUCAUGUGUGCAUUAUAGGUAAGACUGUUCGAUGGCCCACCCUCGAGGGGGCCCCAAAAAAACAGUCGAUAAUAUUUGUGUCUGAUUUGUGUACCUUCAGAAAAAAACAAGUAGUUUUUAGCGUUGUUUAACUAUUAUUUAAAUAUUGAUGAUAAAAAAAAACUUAAAAAAAUAAGUUAGGUUUAAGGAAGCUCAGCUUAAAAAUGUAUAUAUAGGGUCUGCACAAUAAUACAUGUAUGUAUAGUCGAGAUGUGGCUAUAAUAAUAAAAAAAAAACACUUUUACACAACAUCACCUUGUAUAAACAAUCGUCCCAUUCGGAAGCUUUGAAACACCCCGUAUAAUUAUUAAUCGGCUACCUGACUAUUGCAAUACUAAUUUUAUUAUCUAAAUAUAUAAUAUUCAACGAACUGAGGGUGUAGGCAGAGCUACCAACCGCUAAAAAACACCAAUUGUAACGCAAUACGAACAAAUCAUUGGCAAUAGUUUUUUAAUCGGAGUUAAAAAAGUUCCUAUACUAUAGUCUAUAGCAACAACACACACCCUAAAACCGUAAAGCGUGUUUUUAGGUUGGUUGGUGGCCUGCGCAGGCGAUUUUUUGCAAGGUUGUUUGAUACGUAAUCCAAAAACGACAACAUUAAAAUUUAACGUAGUACUUUCAUCCGGUUUGGCCCUUAAAACACUUCUAACCUAGAAAUGACGUUUACUCGAGCCCCGAUUGGGCGUGGCUUAAACAUGAGACAUGCGCACUGCGAUUACAGGUAUCUUAAGCGGUUCAUGCGGAUGUUUUUGAUUUAGAUUUUUACAGUAUUUGUGAUUGAAGUGCCACUUGUGUUUUCAAGUAUAUAAUCUAAUUAUAUAUAAUCAAUCUCGCCACAUAUAUCUUAUAUUAUAAAAAGAAUAUUAUUAUAUUGUAUAUGGUAUAAAAUAGAAACGGCAUAUCUGCCUUAGUUCGAUUAGGGUAAAUUUUUCGGUGUUCGGUAGUCCUUACAAGGUUGUUCCAAACUGAGCUUAAGUGUUGUUCCCUAGCAAGGAACAGCGUUGGCAAUACAAUUCACCCUAAAAAAAAAAAUAAAAAAAACUAACGAAUCACUACAUUACAAGACUUUUUUACGAAUGAUAAACAAAAUAAUUAAAAUAAAAUGCCAAAGUUAUAUUUGUGAAAUUUUUCUUCUCGAGCCAUAUCAUACGCCAACGUAAUAAAAAAUGAGGUUAGGUUCUGCAAAACGUCACUUGAAAACAGCAUUCCCUUUUUUUAUUAUGGCCAGUACAUUUCACCCACGCUUUUACCCGCUUUAUACAAACAGUAGUCGCGCGUUUCACCAAAAAAAAAAUUGAAAAUACCAAUCAAUGUGCCUCUAAUAAUUAUCAUACAGAAGCGAUCCAGCCAAGCGUUUUUCUGGAUUGCCUGGGUAUGCGUGACCAAGCCCGGUCCUGAUCUUAUUUCGGGGGAGCCAGAUGAAAAUUUACCUGGGCCCCCCCGCAAACCAAUUACCGAAGAACGUUAUAAAUGUCUUAAGACAAAAAGAAUAUGUUAUGAACAACAAUCGUAUAAAAUGUGAUUUACUGCGCGUCUCGUACUGCGCAGCGCCGAAUCGUACUGUCCGCAAAAAAAUGAAAUCUACUGAUGAAUCUAAGUCUUAAAUAAAAAAGGUUGGUGGGUAACUUAGGGUAUAAGAUAUUGUAACUUAAACAUUACUUAUACAGCAUUUUUAGUCAAUUUAUUAUUAUUAUUACUUUUAACAAUUGUAUUACAUUACUAUAUAGUGCAAUACGAUUCCUUUUUCCAAGUAUUAUUAAUUCAUAUUUACGCUUUUUGAAUCUAGUUAUUGUUUUUUUUUUGUAUUAUUAUUAGUUCUUUUGAUUGAUACUCUGCACAAUUGUUUAACGAAAUCUUGCCAUUCUUUCAAUUUUUUUUAUGAUGUACCAAAGACUUUGUGUCAUAUGAGAAAUUUUUCUACAUUGAAAUAAUUAUUAAAAACCAACCAAAUCGUUGAAAAUCUUCCAUGCCAAUGGUUGUGAUAGUAUCGUAGUUCGUUUGUUUAAACAAUUUUUAUUGUUUCCUCCAGUGCUGUCUUUAAUUUUUAUCCACUACGCUCUUUCGCACGUUGGAACAAACCUUUUUUAUACUUUAAUCUAUUCGCCUAAAUUUAAAUAUUGCGUUGAAGUGCCAAAAGUGGUUUAAAAUUAUGAAUCGCGGAUUUUUUGUGUUUAAAACACAAAAAAACUGCGAUUCGUAAUUUUAAACCACUUUUGGCACAUCAACGCAAACGGAGGUUUGUUCCAACCGCAAACUGGACUUGUUUCGGUAUCGAGUGUACUUAUUCAGUUUGAACAGCACAAACCAAGUGCCUAAAAACGUGCAAUUGAUAUAAAUAAUAAGGGCCUGACCUGUACAGGGUUUUUCUAUAAAAAAAACAAAACAAAAAAAAAUAAUUAACAUUGACAAGGUCUUGCCCCACUGUUUGUUGUUUAGUACAUUGUUUAAUAAGAGUUAAAGUUAGGAGAUGUGUUUUUUGUGAGAGAUCUCCCUUUUUUUCUUGAAUGAAAAAAAGGAGAUUAAAGCUAGCUGGUACUGCCACCAAAUGUAUAAAAAAUCGAUACGAUAAGUUUAAAAUAAAGUUAGAUUAUGAAGACGUGGGGUGUUAGGGAAAAGUUAGGCCCUCCUCUCUCAGGUGUAGAUUUAUAUAGUUAUAAAUAAAUAGGGUUACGGUUUAAUGAUUUUUUUCAACAUUCCUUUUAUUUGUUUUGAUUUUUAAUCAAGCACUUUAUUUAUUUUAUUUUUUUUAAUCCAUCGAAUGAACAAUACUUUGGCAUACAGAGCAGCAAUGUUACACCUAUAUUUGCCGUUUUAAAAUCAAGUGGGCGUGGCUCGCUUGAGCAUGCGCACUGCAAUGGAAUCAAAGGGCUCUCGAUUCAAACGAUCAAAGUACGAGAUGUAGGUGUAAAAUUGCGAUUUUUGACUCGCGUGCUCUCUUAUCUAGUUGACGUAAUGAAUUUUACGCGUUUGAGUGCGGUAAAGACUGUAGUAGGGAUACCAGGUGUUAAAGCGUGCCUCGUGCCGUUUUAGUUUUUUUAAGGUAGAGUGAAAUCGGUCCAUAUGUACGUCUUAGUUUAUAAUUGAUUAUAAUGUGUACGGUGCUCUUAACUAUAAGUUCUGUUUUUGAUUUUCGGAAUCUCCCCUUGGAUUUUUGGCAUACCUAGUAUUUGAUGACGUAGACGACGAUGAAAUUGUUGAUUUUUUUGUGCCAAAAUUUUCGCUUAAAAAACUUGCUCACGGCGCUCUGAUCGCGCAUACGCUUAAAAGCUGUGUAUAUUUCUAUUAUUAUAUAUGCAAUAUAUAUAUAUAUAUAAACAAAAAAGUAUGUAUAUAUUUGCUGAGAACAGUGUACAAUUGUUAUAAUUUCAUAGUAUAUAAAUAUAAAGAAAGUAAUGGAAAUUUUUACUUAAAUUAAAUUAAAUCUGUAGCUUUAGAGAAUGUUAUAUAUUUAAGUAUAAAAUAGUAUUAAUUAUAUAUUUAAGAAAAAAAAUUAAAAAUGUGACAGUACGAUUCGGCGGUGCGCAUGUUCGGACGUUUUUUUUAAGUAUUUCCCUGUAAUAAUAACUCCACGGAAUUUUCUAACCUCAAACUCGUCCUCCGCCAUUUUAGAGAGCGGUUCAAACAAACUAAAUGCAUGCUCUAGAUUUUUAGGUUAGGUUUUGGGUUUAUUAAUUAAGUACGAAAAAACUAUUUUAAGUGUGUUCAAAUUAUUAUUAUUAUUAUUAUUGUAUUUAAAAAACAAGUGCUUUUUGUGUUAUGCUUAAUAUUAUUUGCUUAGGUGUUAAGUUGAUUUAUUUAAAAAAAAUGUGUUUAAGACUUCUGAAGAUAUACUCCCCCAAACUAUGUAUAUGUUUACAUUUCAUUUGUUUUUUAAUUUUUCUAUUAGUUUUCGAUGAACCUUGUACAAAAUUCUUUUGUGAUAUGUCUAGAAAUUUUUGUGAUAUAUUUAAAAAAAUAAUAAUCCCCACUUAUAUUUAUUUAAAUCUAUGAGUGAUGCAACAAAGAUUCAUGAAGGGCCAGAGAUUUAAAAUGUUUGCAAUAAUUUAAUCAUUUAUUAGCAAAAUGUAUAUUUUUUUGUUACCACGAUUAGAUAACGCAGGGUUCGACAGGUCGAUGCAAUUUUUUUACAUCUUAAUCCAAAGACAAAAUAAUUUAAAAAUUGAUCGGUGUUUUAAUACCACAAGACUUGGCAUCGAUCCGCCAGACACCCUGUAUGUUAACUAGAAAAGCUACAUCACACGGUAUUAUUUGAUUUUUUUUUCGUCUUACUUAUGGCCUAAUAAUCGAACAGAUCCCUCCUGAUAAAUAUAUCUAUGUAUAACUUCUAGUCCAUUUAAAAAUAUUCCGACUUACUUUUUUAUUUAUUUAAUUAAUUAGGUAGUGUUUUUGUUGUGCGGCCUUUUUUGAAAAAAUCUUCCAAAAUAACUAGUUCCUCUGUUAUAUUGUAUGUAUUAUUUACUUAGUUUUUAAAUGAUUCCGUUUUUUUCGAAGAAAAUCCGUAUGUGAUAAAAUGACAAUUUUUAAAUAAAUAAAAAAACAUAUUCUCGGGCGUAAAGACAUUUAUUUGGUUUUUUUUGGGCAACGAAAAAAACUCAGUCCAAAAGAAAUCGUAAAAUGGAGGGAGAGAACAAACAAAAAAAAAAUAACCAGGGGACCAGGCCAAAAACUAAAGUCACGGUGAUAUCAGAUAAUUAAAUUUAAAAAAAUCAAAUACACCCCUAAAUUAAUACAUUUCAAUAAUAAUCUAAAAAUAACUCAAUUGUAUGAUAAAUGUACUACCACUAUACUGUGUAAUAAAAUAAAAAAAUAAAAACGAGCUCGCAUACACUGUCGCAGCUGUUUAGUGUGAAUUUUUAAUUCUAAAUUGAUGCGCUAGGCGCGCCACUGUCCAAAAAUCAGUCUUACCAAUCCACUAGAAACAAGCGACAAACAAGUUUCGAGGACAGUGCAUGCGAGUGAUCGUCUUAGCCCUUAAGUUAGGUUAUGUAAGUGCUUUUAAAUCGACUCUGUUUCUGUGUUUAAUGCGGACAGGUCCGUCGUUACGCUCUGUAUUGUAACCCAAAAAAUGACCAGUAUGCAUUCAGUUAUAAAGGUUGUCUUAAAUGUAUCAA